GCGGCCAUCAGGUUUACCAGCAGUGAUGGCCACGGGCAGAGUUGGUUUAUUUCUUCCCACAUUGAAGGUCGGUUAUAUAGACAAUUUGAAAUGAUGGCUUUCUCUUUCUUUUGUUUAUAUUUUUAGGAUUCGCUUUAUGCUGGAAAUGAUGUUGGUCCUGAAGAGCGAUGACAUGCAGAGGACUCUGGGCUUUGACCCUGAGCCUGUAGAGAAACUGAGGAAAUUGCAAAGAGCUUUGGCAGUUGACUGGUGGAGUUCAGGUGUUCUAAUGUAUGAACUAUUCACAGUCAAUGGGGAGAAGAAUUUCGGAGGUGAGCUCUCUAGGAUCGUGGACACAUCCCCCAGCAGCUCCUUAAGGAGCUGUUGGGGGACAGCAUGGCCCUCGAGGCUGAACAGGUCCAGAGGAUGAACCAGCCCGCCCACCUGAGCUGGGAGAUGGAGCAGCAGUCAGAAGCCUCCAGCCGGAUUCUAGAGGUGAGAAGAGAGAACAAGGGCGCGGCACAGGAGCUGCAGGGGGGCCCCAUCGCCCUGCAGGAAAGCAGCACUAAGUACAGGGAGCUGAAAGAGGAGAACCAGCAGCUCCGGAAGGAGAUGGAAGAGUUGCGGUUGCAGCUAUUGCAGGAAAAGGACAACAACCGGGAGUGGGAGACCUUUGCUGAGGAGCUCGUGAAAGAACUAGAGCAGCUGUGCCGUGAAGUGGACACCCUGAAGGCAGACAGAGCCCUGCAGAUGUUGGAGUUGGAGAGGCAACUGCAAAUAGAAAAGGACAACAGCCAGAAGUUAGAGAACAUCAGUAAGGAGCUAUUGAAAGACCUAAAUCGGGUGCUCGACACAGUAGACACCCUACAGGCGAAGGCCCCACAGAUGUUGCUGUUGGAGUGGCAACUGCAAAUAGAAAAGGACAACAGCCAGAACUUAGAGAACAUCAAUAAGGAGCUAUUGAAAGACCUAAAACAGGUGCUCGACGCAGUAGACACCCUACAGGCGAAGGCCCCACAGCUGGACCCCUCCCUUCUGGCCUCCAAGAACCGGCAGGCGGCCAAGGAGAGGGAGUGUGAGGAGCUGUACGAGCUGCUGGAGCAGCUGAUUCAAGUCCACGAGGCCCUGCGGCAGGACCACGCAAGCCUGAGGGCGCUCCAUGACCAGCUGUCUGGGCAGUACCAGGCCCUCGUGGAGGAGCACAGCCGCCACAAGACCCUGCUGCGCCGUUCCCUGGAAAUGGCGAGCAAGGCGUUCGGGCGUAGGUGGGUGCCGGCAACGGUCCGGGUGACUGGCGAGCUCUCCAGGCUCCCGUCCCCCUUUGCUCUGGCCCCUCGUGGUUCCCCUGGAUCUGCUGCUUCACAGGAAGAGAAGUGAAUGGAACGUCCCCCUCAGCGAUGUGGGGUGGGUGCAGCUGGAGGCUGAGGGGCAGGAGGGUCCCUGAGGGGAGAUGGGUGUGCCCAGCCGAUCGCGGCUCAGGGAAACCAUGUGUCAGCAUUGGGGUCCCUGCACCCCUGGGGAUUCCUGCCCCCUCUUCCUCUUCCUCUUUCUCUUCCCUCCAACCAAGAACAAGGAGGGCCGUUCACCACAGCUGCCGAUUUACAGGGACGUGCCUUGCCAGCUUCCAGGCCUUUUCUUCCCUGUCAAAGUCUCAGAGUCUGUGCUUCUGUGUGUGUGUGUGUGUGUGUGUGUGUUUAACUUUUAAUUUUGGAAACUUUUGAAUGUAUGGAAAUGUACAGAAUUGUGUAGUGAGAGCCCCAUGUACUCAUCCCUGACGUCAGUACUGGAAUACUCUGCCAAUCUCAUGUCAUCUUUACCUCUGACUCUCCACCUCCAUACUCCUUUUUUAAGGUAAAAUCGAUGUACAUUGAAAUGCACAAAUCUCAACUUUACGCUUCUGCCCGAUCAGGGCUUUGUGUGUGUGUAGUCAGCCAAGGUCGCCCAAGCUCCUGCUCCGGCAGAUCCCGAU